AUGAAAGAAAGCAAACGACGGCAAAAGUAUCUUCGAUUUUCAAUUUGAAAUUUGCCAAGGAAAGCAAACGCUCAGCAAAAUAUUAUAACGCUCAGCAUAUCAUUAUACGUGAAAUUAAAUAAGUAAUAUUUCAUCGAUUUUUAAUUUAUUUCUUAUUCUAUUCCGUUUUAUUAUAUUCUUUAAAAUUUUGUUUCAUUUUGCGACAAUUCAGAGCUAUUUCUCGCGAUUACUUUUAACGAUAACGAAUCGAGUCAAAAGUGUUUACAAAGCAUACUUUGUGGUAUACAUUCGGUGUAAUUGUAUACUCUCUGCGUAACUGUUGCUGCCAAAAAUUGAUAUCGAAUGAUUUACAAAUUAUAAAACCAAUCGUUGAGAUUUCUAUCUGCACCGUUUUCUAUUUCUUUUAUUUUAUUUUUUAUAAAUACCAACAAUUAUAGUUAGGACCAUGUUUUAUCUCAUUUGUCGUUCUUAAUUUAAUGAAUUUCAUUUAUUUACAUUUAUUUUUGCGUUUUUGCCAAUUCAUUUAUUCAUUUUAUAUUUCAUUUAAUUUCUGAUUGAAUUCAUAUUUAAUUAAUUUGUUUAUUUAUUGAUUUACUGUUAACUUGUUCUGAUGAAUUUUAACCAACCGCUCAUUUCAACUGUAGCCCGUUUUUAUACACAAACUAAUUCCUAUUUAUGUUACGUAAUGCGUUCACUUUAAUUUGAUUAUUCUAUCCGCAUAUUUUAUUAUAUUUUGUUUGUUUGUGUCGAAGAAAAAAACCGACGUCAUUUUAAAAAAGAAACAAUAAUAAAUAUAACAUAAAAAUUUUAAAAGAAACAUGGCAACAUCAAGCCCGCAAGAUAGUGUACGACCAAACGAGAACAAAGAAGACACACGUAAUCCACAAAUCGGCACAUCAGAAGGCACAUCAGAAAUAUGCACUAUGACACUACAUAAACUUCCACCGUUCAGGAAAGAAAACCCAAAAUUCUGGGUCAUACAAAUAGAAUCAGCUAUGCACGUGGCCAAAGUAACUAGUGACAAUACGAAAUUCCACUACGUGAUAUCACAACUGGAACCAGACAUCCUAUCCUUCAGCAGAUGUCGUGGAAUUCCUACCAACCUCAGAUAA